GACGUACUUAAAAUAUUCUAGAACAGUAGCUGUCGACCGUAGCGUUGGAACGAUCCAUAGAGUCAAUGGAAAGUCGAUGGAAACGGUGUAGCGAUAAGAAUUCAUAAUACUGUCUAACAUGGCAAGAUAGCAGGACCCGAAUAUCAGCAAUAAUGGGUGAUCUUCGAAGGGGAUCGAGCUUGGUGUUGUUUACCGACAUUAUGGUGGACUUAGCCAAGAUUCCCUGUCCCCGUGUUCGUCCCCUGGAAUCGCUCUCGGCAAUACUGAUUAAAAACCCUGCCCUUACCGGAGCCGUCACGUGUGCCUUAGCAAGCCUUCUGAUACCGCUAGCCUGUCUCGUCCCAUUCCUCGGCGGAGUGAUGUUUGGUGCGUUGCUAUUGGUCGCUCUGAUUGAGUCGGGAUUUCUUAGUCACACGUGUAUUCCACGUGUUGUGUCAUUUGCAUGUGCCUGGUGCUUCACAGCAGGACUUUCCACAGUUAAAUCACUUAUUGAUAUACUUGUUAACACUGUUAUACAGUUAGUACGUAUUAUAGCUUCGUUAGCAGGUAUAAAAUUGUCACCGUUUCGUAGACGCGAUAUCACAUAUGCCAGAUUUGGGGAUGAUGACUCAACAGGAUUCAUCGAAGAGCAAGAGACUAGUUCGCACCUUAAAAGCGAUGUGGAAGGUGCACCUGAGGCCGAUAUUGAAGAUAACUGGAGCUUGGCGAAUCUCAGUCAUGACACGCUUGCAAACGAGCAGGAAGAAAUUGUUGAAAAUAGCGACUAUAACGACGUGGACCACUCGAAAUAUACUGCAACGAAUCAAGCAUCCUCCAUUGAUUCGCUCGGACUUCCAUCAGUGGACUCCGACUAUGAACUUGUACCUAGCAUUUCAGACGACUCUAUAGUGACAGCUCAGGAGAGACAUUUUUACGAGGAGGCGUUCACUGAGUUAGAGUAUGAGGACCUCGCCGAGUCAGCCUUGCCUGAUAUUGCACCGGAUUACACCACGUGGGACAUGAAGUAUUAUGAUUUUGUCGUUAACAGUUAAUAAAAUUUUGUCUUAGUACGACAUCAA